AUGGAAUCGUUGGAGUCAGACAAACUGAGUUCAGCUAGUCCUCAUAUUGGUGGCGUCGUGCAGCCGCCUCUGCUAUUUCAAAUACAAGCUCAAACACUGCAGCAGAAUGUAGUUCGUCCCCAAGUUUCCAAUGCAGCAUUGAACUCAUUGCGUAAGAGAUCUGUCUCGAUGAAUUCAAAUUCCUCUUUAACACCAGCACACAGAAUGUCGAUAAUAUCGCUUGGAUCGCCUAGAAAUUCGAUCGUCUCGGUGGAUGAUGCACUCCGCACUACCCACACGAGGAACAAUAGCUGUACGAGCUUAACUUCAGUAUCAUCUCCUGUUGCUUCUAACUUAGGGAAUAGUGGUGGAACCAAUCUUGGUGGAAAUCUUUCACAUAAUUUAGUCGCAGCGAAAAAGUCUCCUCAUUCCAACCCCAUUACCAGCCUAUUCCAUUCCGGAAGUAGCACUGAUAUUACUGUUUUACUUUCAGAUGAUGACGUGUCGGAUCAUUUAUCGCAGCCUAUACUCCAUAAGAGAUUUAAACUUAAAGAUGAUUUCCAGUUUAAAUACGAUGCUCUUGAACCUUCAACUCCUCCCCAGCCAGCUGGGAAGAUAUCUUCACCGCUCACAGAACUGCCUUUAGAUGCAGGAUCACGUAUCAUGCAUGGUACCAAUUUGGCCCCAGAGGAGCGGGUUCCACCGAGGGACCUAAAUCCAUCUCCAUCUUCCAAUGCAGAUUCCUCGGAGAACAAUAAUCUCCAUAAAAAAUCAAAGGUGCAGCAACUUUUACAAUUGCCGAAGGCUCCUAAUAUGCUACUUAAAAAGAGGAAUUUAUUCUCCAAAGACUUGCAGUAUGAGAUAUCAAACCGUAAGCUGGAAACAGUUUUCGUGCGAAGCACUGCGGAAAAUAAUAAAUCAACACUCGGUGGUUCUAAGACAACUAAUCCUAAGAAUGAUGAAACUUCAGCUACUGGUGCUGGUGCUGGUGCUUCUACUUCUGCUUCUGCUUCUAUUAAGAGUGUUGCUUCCAGGAUAAUCCCAAAUAAUGAAAAUACAAUGGAGCAGCAAAACAGCUUAAUAACUAAACUAAAUCGGAAAUGGAAUAAGUCUAACUCGAUAUUAGACAAAUUCCCCGGCAAAAAAAUCGAAUUGCAAAGAGAGAGAAAGAGAUCCAGGGCAAUACUUGAAUCUGAUUCUGAUGAUAACUACGACCUUUAA